AUGCUCAAGUUACGAUCAAAGGUCAUCAAGCUGUCCAUUUCCCUUAAUAGUAUCGGGGCAGAAGUUGGAAGACUUCUUGACAAGAAUGAACCUGAAGAGUUGGCUCGUGAGGAGCAAGACCACGACGAGAGCACAGCAAACUCUGGCCCUAGCCAAGGUUCCAACUCGCCUGAAGCCUUUGCCGAAACGAGCCCCAAAGAGUCCGCCAUAGAAGGCCAUACAGAGCAGGCCAACUCGAGACUGGAAGGACCUGAUCAUGGCUCUCCAGUGCACAGGCACUCUCCAUUGUCCCGCCCUUCUCUACAGCCCACAGUUACCAGUGCGCCAGAGAGGAACGACAUAGCUCUUCAAAGCCAAUUGAGCGACUUCACCACAGGCUGCAACGGGAGGCAAGGUCCUGGUCUUGAGGAUGUCCUAGACCCAGAUCAUGAGUAUCAAGGUCAUUUUGACUGGCUAGACGAGCCUGCAGACCUGCCGGAGUUGUCUCCCAUGAACCUUGGAUCAAGCUCCGGCCCUCUACGCCCUGUCGCCUACCACCAGCAGGCUGAACUGGCAUCAGAGUUUCCACCACAAAACAGUGCGACCGACUUCAAUGCCCACAAUCUGUACAGUGCCUCGACUGCUUGCAGCUUACCUUUCGUGGCCUCGAGCCAAGGAAUGGAGUUGUACAAUUUCAAUGAAGAGAGACCCGAGUCCCCAAGAGCCAUUCAGGGGGAGGAAGCCACCAUGUAUGACUGGGAACGGCAGACAUCGGUGGCCAUCUCAAUGGUCCCGCCCCAAGUCGGGAUUUCCAUACCCCCGGGGCUGCAUCCUGUUUCCAGUAGUGAAACACCUGGUGGGUCAUUUCUAAUGAAGUCCAGGCUCUCUGAGCAUAUUGAGGUCAUGGAGGCAUACAUUCGUCUUCGACUCACCACCGCACCGGAAAAGAUAUCCCGUCGACGGCUGCAUCGUUUGUGCGCUAGCAUCAUGAGUCUCACUGCUCACAAUGCGUGGCCCCCCAUUGUCCCGCUUUGGUUCAGAACACAGGCUCCUGAAAUCAUCAUGCCCGUUCUCACAUGGCGCCUUUACCCGUCGCCAGAGACUUACAAGGGUAUGCUGCCAGACUGGAGACCAACCGAACUUCAGAUCACUGUCCCGCAUUCAGCCCUGAUCGACUUGGUGCCUUACAGCGCGUUGAGAGACCGGGUGUUGACGUAUUACAAUGGUGGGGUAGCACUCGACAGGCUGUUCUGUGAUCUUCUGAAUAGCUACGCUAUUGAAGUCAAUGAUGUUUCCAAAGUUUUACCCUUGGAGCCACCAGGUAAGGCUUACUUUGGGGUUUCAAACGUCUUCAAGGCAAUUUAUAUGCCCCGGCCUGAAGUCGCAGCAGUCGCAGAUGUUCCAAUGAGCACCGACUUGUUGAACACAGGAAGCAGUUCUUCAGAUACGAGUAUUCAAGAAGUAUUUGACGAAGUAGCCGCGGGGCAUGACUGGCAGGAAAUUGCGGCCACGGGGAACUUGACACUUCAGAGACGGGAGCGGCGGCAGUCGUUGCUGACCGAUAAUACGCUCGCAACCAGUCUCACCGAGAUUCUUGCAACACCAGAGCUGGCCUUAAGGCUCUCGCAUAGUAUCCGAUUGUAUGCUGCAAAGUCCUGGAAACUGGACAGAAGCUUCUUUGAAGCUUGGCCCGAGCUCAAGUUUGACGGACACGAGACUCUGGUUGCACAGGGCAGGUCUUACCGAAUAUCGACUGAGACUGACGCCCCUGUUGCGCUGACAGAAACAACGAUCAAAAUGUAUCACGACACACUUCAAGCGGUUGUCUAG